UUACACGUAAAGAAGUUAUUAUCGUGUAAAAUAAUAACAAAUAGAUAUUUUACUCGGCAAAUCCGAUGUUGCGCCGCGCGAAUAAACAUCACUUACAGGAACGACAACAAACGAGAAUUUACAAUCGUAAUUAUACGGUAUGUCGCGCUAUUCAAAGGACACGGGGUGGGAGACGAGCGAGUCUCUUCCCGGUGGUGCUUCUCGCUUGUGCUCAGUUCGCUCGCGACGUCAGUGCCGGUUAGAUCGCGCGACGUUGUUUCUGGCGCGUUUGUCCGCGUGUCGAGGAGAAAACUUUUGCAUGUGCGUAUGUGCGAAACCGAAACCGUGCGCGAACCGCUCUUCUCGCGGUGCUUUUUUUUUUUUUUACCAGAACAAAAAUAUUAGUGCGCGAGAUUCCCUACCCUGUCUCACCUGUCGUCGGGAGAGCAACAAGUGAAAGGCGUCGUCGCCACGCGGAAGAUUCGUGCCGAUUCGAAACUUUAUUUACUGUGCGCGCACGAGAAAAACAGGAAUACGAAACCGUGAUUUCGGAACGCGAUCACGUGAUACGAAUUCGCUAUCGUGAGUUCGGAGCGGUUACGCGGCCGGCGCGCGAAGAAUUUUUUAUUCGUCGUCGUUUCGAGAUUGUUUGCGAAGUUUUUUUUCGCGACAAUUUGUGUUUCGCACGUAAAACCAAAGACAUUCGAGCCAGCAACGGUUGAAAUUGCGAAAUGAAACAGCUCGUUGCCGAGUUGACGAGUGAACGAUCGAAUUGAGAAAAUCCGUGACGGAGGAAACGAAAAGUCGUUAAAAAGUCGCUCGAAAUUCUCGACUAGCAAAAAAAAAAAACGGUGCGGCGGCGAUCGCGUGUAUCAAAAACACAAGUGACUUUCAGUCGAUUAUGUCAAAAGACGCGAUCCGAUGAGACGCGACGCGAGCCGGGACGACAACAAACGCGCGCUCGAAUCGCGAAUUUAUUCUCUUUUGUCGUUAACGAGCUACGAACUAUGUGAACGCCUUUGUCAAUGGUCGCUUUUGUUCGAUCAUAUCAAGAGAUUCUCGCGGACCAUGACCGUUGCCAUGAAGAGGAAGAAGUUCGGACGAGGCGACAUAACGUUACGAUGUGUUUUCGUUAUCGGCUUUUUCCUGAUCCUGUGCACUCCGAGUGUCGUUCAAGCCCGCGGAUUUCGACGUGAUAAUACAUUUUCAGAACAAUACAAUUUGAGCAGAACCUUGAAGAGCAGCGCUCUCUUUCCGUCCACGUUCAACGUCGCCGCGAAAGCGGACAUUUACGUGAACGCGACGUGCGGCGAGAAAGGUCCCGAGACGUUUUGCAAACCCUCGGAGUCGUCGAAGUGCGCGGUCUGCGACUCCAAGAGCUCGGAUCCGGGCAAGAGGCACGAUAUCAGCAAUGUUCUCGACCCGAAUUCCGGACGAUGGUGGCAGAGUCCGACGUUGGCAAAAGGCGAUGUCUACGAGUACGUGACGAUUCUUCUGGAUCUCAAACAGAUCUAUCAGGUGGAGUACGUGUUAGUGAAGGCCGCGAAUUCGCCGCGACCCGCGGCCUGGAUCCUGGAGAAGUCUCUGGACGGCAAGAACUUCAAGCCGUGGCAGUACUACGCGCCGAGCGAUGAGGAAUGCUGGACGAGAUAUUCCUUGUUGCCUGUCACGGGAAAACACGUCAACAUCGAAGACGACGAGGCUAUAUGCACCAGCCAAUACUCGAGGCAAACUCCUAUGGAGAACGGCGUGAUUCACACGUAUUUUGUACACGGUCGACGCGGAGCGUUGAAUCACAGCGAGAAUCUGCAGGAAUUCACACAAGCGAGAUACGUGCAACUUCGUCUUCAGGGUCUUCACCGUGGCGGCGAUAUCUUCGUCAACAAGAGGUCGGCCUUUUAUUCAAUUAAAGAGAUUACCAUUGGAGGACGUUGUGUGUGCUCUGGACAUGCGACCCGAUGUCGAUACAGCGUUCAUCAUGGGCAUCAGGAAUGUGAAUGCCAGCGCCACACGUGCGGCGAAAGAUGUGAAAAAUGUUGCCCCAUGUACAAUCAGAUCCCGUGGAAACCCGGCACAGCUGGCAAGGGCUUUCACUGUGAGAAAUGCAACUGCAAUGGGCAUUCAACGUCCUGCAUUUACGACCAGGAAGUGGCCGACAGAAAAAUGUCCAUGGAUAUUCGUGGGAAGUACCGCGGCGGUGGUGUGUGUGUCAAUUGCACGGAACACACAACCGGUAUUAAUUGCGAAAAAUGCAAGGCCGGUUACUACAGACCGAAUGGCGUUGCGCCUAAUGCUCCUGAACCAUGUCUUCCCUGUGACUGCAACAUGCAUGGUAGCACAGGCUACUGCACUCCCGAUGAUUCCUACACGCGCAAAGGAAAAGUAGCAGGUGCUUGCGAGUGUAAACUCGGAUAUUCGGGAUAUAAGUGUGACCGGUGUGCUGCCGGUUAUCGUCAGUUUCCCGAUUGUAUACCGUGCCCCUGCGAUUUCCGCGGGACUUUGCCAAAUCACGAUUGCGAAGGCAACUGCUUGUGCAAGACGAACGUCGAGGGAGAUUUGUGCGAUCGAUGUAAACCGGAAUAUUUUGCUCUCACGAGAGACAAUCUAGACGGAUGCUUGCCCUGCUAUUGUUUCGACGCAACAGAUCGCUGCACCACUGCGAGAUUAUCGUAUAGCACAAUCUUUACGACAGAGAACUGGUUGGUGACCGACAUGAAUGCGUCUCGUGAAAUUGUUCCCACAUUGGACGCGGACAACGGAUGGUUAACCGUGGCGGCGGUCGACGUCGAAUACGACAGUCCUUUCUGGCUGGCACCGCAGAUCUAUACGGGAAACCGCCUAUCCUCGUACGGUAGUAAUCUCACAUACUCCGUUAGAUGGGCCGUCAUGCGAGGCGACAGUAGUGGUAAACCGACCACGGAGGCCAACGUGAUCCUAGUUGGCAACAAUGGAAUGCGCAUAGCGUACGGCGAGGAGCAGUACAAUGGUGAGGAAGCUGAAAUCGUGGUUUCUUUACGAGAACACGGUUGGUAUCAUUUACCGGACGAAGGUUUAAACAUCCCGGAAAGAUUGAGGAAAGCCGAGUUUCGCGGCGCUUCUGUUACGAGGAUUCAGAUGAUGCGUAUUCUCGCCGAUCUCAAACAUCUGAUGAUAAGAGCGCAGUAUCAUUCGGAACAAAUUGAAGGAAGUCUCUUAUCUCCCACAUUAGUGAUAGGCGAAUUAUCAUCAGAUGGUGAAACCGAGAAUCUAGUCGAGAUGUGCGAGUGUCCUGAAGGGUAUGCAGGAAUGUCCUGCGAGAAAUGUAGUUGGGGAUAUACGAAAGUGAUCGUAAACGGUUCCGAUCAUCGAAAUCGUCACAUGUGCGUGAAAUGCGAUUGCAACGGCCACGCUGGUUCUUGCGAUCUUGCAUUGGAUGAAUGUGGGACAUGUGAACAUCACACGGUGGGCCCGAAAUGCGAUCGUUGCACCACGGGAUAUUACGGUAUCGCAACAAGAGGCACCAGUGAAGACUGUAAAAGAUGCGCUUGCCCUCUUACCAUCGAAUCCAACAAUUUUAGUCCUAGCUGUCAACUGGAUGAUCCUACUGAUAUUAACAGUAGUUACAUUUGCACACAAUGUCCCGAAGGAUACACUGGGGAUCAUUGCGAAAGUUGUGAUGUAGGAUUCUACGGCAAUCCGUUGACACCCGGCGGCACUUGUCAGCGAUGUCCUUGCAAUGGCGGUGCCUGUGAUCAAGAAACGGGUCGCUGCUUGGAAUGCCGCGGCAACACCGAAGGCUGGAAAUGUGAAAGAUGUAAAGAGGCGCAUUUCGGAAAUCCUUUGGAACAGAAUUGCACGCCUUGCAAUUGCUUUUCUCUUGGCUCCACUUCGCUUCAAUGCGACCAGACAACAGGUCAGUGUCCCUGCGCACCUUUGUUCACCGGUCGUGACUGCUCUUCCUGCAUCGAGGGCUACGGGAAUGUGAUCGUGGGUUGUCGAGAAUGCGACUGCGACGUGGGUGCCAUCGACAAGAACUGCGAUCCCGUAAGCGGUUCGUGCAGGUGCGCUCCGGGUGUCGUCGGUUUCCGGUGCGAUCACUGCGAUACGGGCCACUAUGGACUAUCGGCAAACGGCUGCGAAGAAAUCGCUAAAUGGGAAUGGAUGGAGCAAACUGCUAUUUCACAGAGCCUGAAAGAAUUACACAUAGAUAACAAUAAUCUCACUGAAUUGCCACUGCAAAUUGGAAAGCUACAAAGUUUAAUAUGCUUAGACGUUUCCGAAAAUUUGUUAACAAAAUUGCCGCAAAUUAUUGGAACUUUGCAACAUUUAGCAUUGUUGAAUGUGGUGGGAAACCCUUUGUUAUAUUUACCAGGGAGUAUGAGGGGGAUGGAAUUAGAACAUUUGAUUGCUGAAAACAAUUGUUGGGGUGAUGAUUAUACAUCACCUACUUUAAAAGUGGUGAGCCUGAUGGACUUAGCAGCUAAAGCAAAUACCAUACAAUAA